AUGCAUCUCGAGCAUUCGUCCAGGUCCAUGCGAUGGACGCUGCGGGCGACAGGCAACGGGUCCUCGAGGUCUGAGCCGAUCAUCGCAUUCUCUUACCGAUGCCACGAAGGCCGUGAUUUCCUUGCUUCCUUCCGCGCCGGCUUUGACUCACCUGCUUUCGCACUGCCUUCACCUUCUUUGCAUCCGACGUGCCGCGAUCCUGGAUCCAGCCCAAUGCGCGCGUCUACGGCCGGACACUGCCGGCACUUUUACUGGUGCUCGUAGUGGCGGUUCCCGUGCCGCCAUCAUUCGCGCGUAGUACCGCCAGCCAUGGCGACGCUCCUGAAUCGCGUGCAGCGCAUGUGGCGGGACCGGUGGCUGGGGCUCAUCCUCGGCAUGUGGCUGCAGGCGUGCGGGGGGAUCUCGUACGCGUUCUCGCUAUACUCCGCCGCGCUAAAGAACAAGCUACAGUACUCGCAAGAACUGGUGGACGGGUUAGGAACCGCGAAGGAUAUUGGCGGGAACGUGGGGAUCGUGUCGGGGCUGCUGAUCGACCUCAUGCCCGCGUGGGCUAUCCUCGCUAUAGGCGCGGCCAUGCACCUGUUCGGGUACUCCAUGCUGUACAUGGCGUCAAUGGGGAUCACUCGCCCUCCCUUCUGGCAGAUGUGCGUCUUCAUCAUGCUCGGGACCAACGGUGCCACGUGGUUCAACACGGCUGUGCUCGUCACAUGCAUCCGCAACUUUGAGGGCGACAGGGGCGUGGUGGUGGGGCUGCUCAAGGGCUUCAUCGGGCUCAGCGGGGCCAUCUUCACGCAGCUCUACACAGCUCUGUACGCGCCCCACACGGCCCCGUUCCUCCUGCUGUGCGCGCUGCUGCCCCCUGUGGUGGCCCUGCUCGCCAUGGCUGUCAUCCGCCCCAUGGACCCGCGCCUGCUCGCCGCUGCCAAGAGAGAUGCGGGCGAUAACUCCCGCUUCCGGUUCCUCUAUGUCGUUGGAGUGGGCCUCGCGCUGUACCUCAUGCUAGUCAUGGCCCUGCAGGAGUCCCUGUCUCUCUCUCGCCCCUAUCGCCUUGUCUUCAUGACGGGCAUGCUGCUGCUGCUGGUUCUCCCCAUCACUCUCCCGUGGGUCAAAUCAAGUGCCCCCAUCGGCUCCAAGAUUCCACUCCACAUGUCACAAGACUAUCACCACCUCCGCUCUUCCGACACCUCUUCUGCUAUCUCUGCUGCUACCUCUUUCAACUCGAAGCCCACUGGCAUGCGCAUAGCGACUCAUGCAGAUGCACGCACGGAUCACUCCUCGCCACGUGGUGCGGAUGACAGCACUGCUGGAGAGACCUUCCCUCUGCUCUCUCAUCCCAGUCACACUGACAGCAGCAGCAACAGUGGUAGGGUGGGCAGCAGUUGCAGCAGCGCUGGCGUGGGGGUGAUGAGCCGAAGGGGCAGCUGUGAGUCAUUCAGCGACACCGAAGGAAGCCCUCUCAGGGCGACGUCCUUUACAAGCACACCCGCUACCGACGGUAGUGCAGGGCGCGCGAGUGAACGGGCUGGCAGCCCGGGGGUGCGAGGGUCGGCCUUGGGGCAGGGAGGGAGCAGUGGGCAGGGCAGUGGUUUGGGAGGCAGUAUGGGGGGGACUGGUGGUGCCGUUGGUGGUUUCGUGGGUGGUGGCGUGGGUGGUGGCGUGGGUGGUGGCGUGGGUGGUGGCGUGGGUGGUGGCGUGGGUGGUGGCGUGGGUGGUGGCGUGGGUGGUUGCGUGGGUGGUUGCGUGGGUGGCGGCGGGGAGGAUGGGAGGGACGGCAAGUGCCAGGAGAGUGACGGCAGGGGUAGUACGCGUGGGGUUGUGGAGGAGGUGCGAGGGCAGAGAGGGAAUGCUCUUCGAGUGGGCGUGGAUCACACGCUGGGGCAGGCUGCUGUGACUCCUGAAUACUGGCUGCUGUUCUUCGCCAUGGGGUGUGGCACGGGGUCAGGGCUCACUGCCAUCAACAACCUGGCGCAGGUGGCGGAGUCUCUUGGUUCUGCGAGUGUGGGCGCCCUUGUUGCUCUCGUCAGCAUCUGGAACUUUCUUGGAAGGAUGGCGGCUGGCUACGUGUCGGAGCAGUGCUUGAAGCGCUUCUGCACACCACGCCCGCUGUGCAUGCUGCUGGUGCAGGCGGCCAUGGGGUGCGCACACCUGCUCUUCAGCAUCGGGGACCCUCUGCUUCUUUACCCCGCAGCGGCGCUGGUAGGGGCGGCGCACGGGGCGCAUUGGACGCUGAUGGUCACCACUGCGUCUGAGCUGUUCGGGCUAAAACACUUUGGGGCGCUUUACAAUACGCUCAGCAUCUCAUCCACGGUGGGCUCCUACUGCCUCUCCGUCAAGCUAGCCGGCUACAUCUACGACCGUCAAUCCGCCAUCCAACGGUCAGCUUCCCUCCACCUGCAAGCCCUCUCCUCCUCCUCCUCGCUUGCCUCUCCCUCCGUGUCUCCUAUCACAACCACCGCCACCACUGCUGCAACUUCUGUGCCUGCACUGUCUUCCACAUCCAGGGGGCAAUGGGCAACAGGGGCAGCAGGGGCAGCCGAGCUGCUAUCAGGGAAGUCAGAGCUGCCCCACCGGUGCAUGGGGCCGGCUUGCUUCCGCCUGACCUUCCUGGUGAUGGCCCUCGUGUGCCUCGCUGGCAUCUGCGCCCUCCUCAACCUGGUGGCGCGCACAAGACGGCUCUACCAGGAGUUCCAUAAAGUCCAACGGAGUUGAAGUCAGCUACUGGUUGAAGGAAAACAUGUGUAAAGUUAACAAACACUAUGAUACAUGUGUCAACAUAUAAUUUGUAUAUGUUAUAGGCUAGCUAAGUGCAUGCUUAUAUAGAGUACAACCCCUUUGGUUAUAUCCCCUUGUACCACCUCAAUCUAGUCAAUCAUUCUCACUU